AUGACAGACAAGACGGAGCUCGAUUCGAGUCUGCUGGAUCUCCCGCUGCCGCAACUUACCAGAGCAACAAUAGCCAACGAGUACUGGGCCUACCAGCAUCAAGACCAACACCUCAACAGUAGGGACUUGGACCUACAAUCCUUUUGGACUUACUACAACAAAGAAUGCACCAGGGCUCUUCACAAUGGAGGGCGAUACGUGGCUCUGCGAUCGCACCGUGAUGUAGUCGACUGCAUCCGCAAACUCAAGAGCGGAAUGCUGCGUCAUGACAUCAAGGAAGAGCUGCGAAAGAAACUCACAUCGCCUCACGACAAUGAAGAUGAGAUGCUCGACAACUCGAUAGAUUUGGCCGCCAGUCUGCUUUUGAUGAUGAGCUUCAGCAGCUUCGCGUACGGCUUUUCUGGCAGAAGUCAUCUCCGUUGGAGUCAUGGGUCUCUGGAGAGCUUUGUGUCAGCCUACUUUGAUCCUGGAGCUCCUCAGGCCAAGGAGAAUGUCAAGAUGGAGAAGAUCUUUACUGCGCGCAAUCUGUGUCGUAUCGCAGGCCUAGAUAUCGUUUGGACUGAUAACUUGGUAGACCAUCUCCGAUUGAUCGAUGAUGAUCAGCGUGUGCACAUCUUUCAUCAUGCUUCGUUCCUAUAUGCCCAACAACAGAGUACCGACUCCCUACUACCCAAAGGUCUCGCGGACGAGACGUUGCAGACGCUGGCACUCCUCUUCCCAUCCUCAGAUGAGCAAACAAGGCAUUGGUACACAUUCUGGGUGGCCGUCCUUGUUCUUGUCUUGACGAUAUUCUUUGGGUUGGUGCAGAGUAUUGAAGGUGCUUUACAAGUGUAUGCCUCCUUCAAAGAUAUGAAAGACGACGAAACUCCAAGUAUUGUCUUAAAACCACUACACAAGAUCGCCAUGGGAUCUGGUCCAUCAACUCUUUCUAGCAGCAGCCUUUGUAAUACAUGCCGCGGGCUCUGUGAGAACGGUGCCGGAUGGUGCUGGACGCCUGAUGCUAGGGGCGAGGAAUAUCCUGUCUUCUAUCUGCACCACCGUAGCCUCUCCACACUCUUUUCCAAAGCGAGGGCGGGCUGCGGUCUCUGUUCACUGUUUUGCACUGGCUUCGAAUUAGAUGAAUGCGAGGCGCGUGCUGUCGACGAUAGGUGCGAAACUGAGUCUGAAAAACGACGGAUUUUAUCAGAUACUCGCCGCCAGGAAACGAAUCUCAUACAGCUCCUGGCUAACCCGCAGGAUUAUGUAAAUCCCGCGGCAGCGGAAUACUACGAACAAUCAGACCUGGAAUCUCUAAGGCUGAUGUUUGGAAGAAGUCGUCUCAUAAUCAAGUGGCAGCCACAGAGACCCAGUAGUAAGAGCGAUGCUCUGCCGGCAUUCUUGUCCGUCAGCUGGUUAGGCUCGCCUGGAACAGCUAUCGAGAAUCCCAAUACACUGCCUAUUCGUGUUCUUGUCAAACACAGGAACAAUGAAGCAAAAGAACUUCCCAAACGUGUGAUCGAGAUUAAUUCCAACGAACCGCAGAGUGUAAAACUUGUUCAUACCAACCCCGGUGAUAGAGCAAUUUAUGCGUGCCUCUCAUAUUGCUGGGGCCAUGGGGGUCAAUAUUGCACAUAUAAACACAAUAUCAAGGACCACCUGCAGCACAUCAGUGUCUCUGAUCUUCCUGCCGCUGUGGCAGAUGCCAUCCGACUUUGCCGCGCCUUACAGAUUCCAUACUUGUGGGUUGAUGCCUUGUGUAUCAUCCAGGACGAUGAGGUGGAUUGGAGCCGGGAGGCGGCAGCAAUGGCACGCAUCUACGGCUCUGCAAACCUUACGAUUUCGACACCUAGUACAACCUCCUGCUCUGAGGGGUUUUUGGUCCGUGAUGUAGGUAGCCGCUCCAGCUUGGACUGGAUCCAUCCGCAUUCAAGGACUAAAGGGGUUGUGACAAUGAGAAGCUGGAGCGAGCCCACGUUCGAUCGGUCACCGAUAGAUGAACGAGAAACCCCGUGGAUGCAACGCGGCUGGACCCUCCAGGAGUGGGUGUUGUCUCCGCGUCUCUUACACUGUGGUAGUACUAUGACAAUGUUCGAGUGCCUGCACGGCAGGUGUUAUGAGAUAUUUCCAGACACCCCCGAAGGUCCCUUUGUUGUGUUUGGACGGCAACAUCACAACGGAGCACCUCCACCAAAGCUAAUAGAUCAUCAAGUUGAGCCUGGGCGGAUCUCCAGCGAAACAGCCGUUGAGGCAAAUGGGAUGAUCAGAAUGUUCAAAAGCCUUGAAUACUGGAAUGACCCUAAGGCUCGGCCAGUGAUAUCGUGGGCGGCCAUUGUCGAGGAAUUCUGCAGACGUCAACUCACCCGCGACACAGAUAAGCUCUCUGCCUUGGCAGGUCUGGCCGCCGAAUUCCGGGCGUAUAAGCGCAUUUGGUGCCCAACUCAGCAACAAUGGGACUAUUUUGCCGGGCUGUGGUGGUGCGGGAACUCGAUGGUUGGGCUGACAGGUCACGAUGGAGAGUUACCAGGAGCACUCCUCUGGAGGGGAGCGACUCACCUAUCAAACCCGUUGUCUACACCACCAGUGUACCGAGCCCCGUCUUGGAGCUGGGCGGCCGUCGAUGGACCUAUAACAUUUAAUAAAGGAGUUGGUGACAACAAAUUGGAAAUCCUAGAUGUUGUAUGUCACCACGAAUAUCCUGGCUCCUUCUCCUCGGUAACGACUGGCUGGAUCGAUGCACACGGACUAAUGAGACGCGUAUGGCCAGUUGGACGCACUCUUAAAGACAAACCUAAGGGAUUACGCUGUCAGCCGGAGGGCAAAGGGGAAGCCCAGGAUGGCAAGAUGUGGUAUGCGGACUUUGAUAACGCACACAUCGAUAAGCUAAGAGAGUUCGAGAUCUUCCUCCUACUUGUCGAAACAUGCAACGACUUACCAGACUGGAAACUUCAAAAGCUCCGACUGCUUUAG